AUGUCUUUUCCACCGACUCCUCCGCCGAGUUUCUCCGUGCAGUAUUCGCUGCCAGUAACUGUCGUGAUUACUCAUAGAAGUACUUUUGACCCGAAGAUCGGGUUUGGGUUUGUGGGAUUCAUCUGUUUUAGUUUAAUUGUGUUAUUUUUCAUCCUUUAUUCAUACCACCGACGCAUCAUGCUGUCUCAAACAAGAGUCUACGACGAUAUCGAAUCCAGAGUUCAAGUAUCUCGAGUUUUCACUAUAGUUUUGUCCGAAAGAGCACGGCAGCAGCCGUCUCCGCCACCACAGACGGUGGAAGAAGCCUCCGCAACCGCCGUUGCAAUCAUCGAGGCAGAGGAAAUUAUCGAUUCCGACAGGGACUGCGCGAUAUGUUUCGAGGGAUUUGAGGAGAAACAAGUGUGCCGAGUAAUUGAGAAAUGCGGCCAUUUUUUCCAUAAGGAUUGCGUCGAUCAGUGGCUCACUAUGGAGCGCGGUUGCCCGCUGUGCCGCUGCUUUGUUCUCCUUGUAUCUGACAACAGCCCUGAAAUUGAAAAUCAAGCUUAG